CAAGUCUGUUAGCCUGUCGUAGAUAUGUCUGUAUGCGCCUCAAGGUUUUAACACUCAUAAGGGGCUGUAUAGUAUCCGUGUAACCCCCUACAUUAACCAUUCGAAAAACAGUCUGUGUUAUUCUAAUGUCGCCGUGAUGGCAGCGUUGAUACUCACUAGGUAGUUGCAGUGAACGAAGUAAGCACUAGCUAGCAUGCUAAUGUCUGUGUGGGAAAACUGCUGAUAUUUGUCAAAAUGACAAGUCAGGGCUACAGGACACUUGCUUACACGAAAAGCCCUAAAACAUCGAGAAGGACAACGUUUCAGGAUGAACUUCAGGCUGCUGUCUCUGCCAGGGCAAGCAAGACAAAAACAGAUCAGUACUCAUACUCUGAUGACUUCGAUGAGGAUGAAGACGAUUUUUUGAAUGAACUCCUCAAAUCAAGAAAAAAGAGGGCUGAUAAAUCUAAAGCUGAGAAGAGCAAACUAAAAAUCAACGACUUUGAGAUCUCAGAUGAUGAAAGCAAACAUGGCAAGAUGAAGAGAGUUUCCUUUCUUAAAACCCAAAGAGUUAGUUCACCCUUGGGAGACACAUCAGCAUCAGAGUCGCAUGAAAAGGAGCCACCCGACUUUUCUGUCAGUCAAAACAAUUUCCAUAAUAACUCAUUUUCUUCACAAAACUCUGGAAAAGCUAGUGAGGAUAAUGAGAAUUAUAAAAGCAGUGCCAUGGAGUCUACUGAUUCUCAAAUCACAAGACAGAGCUCAACUAAGUCUCUACCACACCAGACCUCAGGGGACACUCUGGCAGACAUGCCCUUGCCUUUACCAUCUGACAACAGUAUGACAGAGUCUCCAGAGGAGAUGAGCAGCUCUCCACAGAAUCCACAGUUAUCAGCAUCUGACCUCAAACAUGAAUCCCCAUCAGACAAUGCUGCUGAAAGGGAGCCACCCAAGCCAAAACCAAGGCAAAGGACUUUUGGAUUAAGCCUUCAAGCUACAGAAAAGACAGCUGAAGAUGCUGAAUCUCAGGACAUUAGCAGGCCCCAGACCUCCUCUGCAUCCAUUCUCCUCUCCACUGGCACAGACACCAACACAGCUUGGACAGAAAGAGAUGCAGAUGAAGGAGAUGCAGGUUCACGCUGUCUCAGCAAAUCAUCUUCAUGCAAGAGUGACCUGUCACAGAUUAUGACUAAAUCUACAGUUGACUCUGGAUCCAGAAAAAGCUUUUUCUCUGACGACAGCAAAGAAGAGGAGAGAAAAUACUCUACAUCAUUCGAAGAGUUUAAUGGCUCAGAAGAUCACUCUGAUAAGCACUCUCAUGUUCAAGAAAAGUCUUUAGAUAGCAGGGCAUCAAGCACUCCCUCCAAAACCCCUCUGAGAUCUCAGAGUGCUUGCUCUAGGAAAGUGGAGUCAAAGUAUUUGGGAAGUCUCAAAGUUCUGGAUCACAAAGUUUCGCUCCAAGAGUCUCAGCCUCAAGCAGGAGAUUCCCUCAGAGCUGCUGCUUAUCAGGAAUGGCUCAAAAAGAAAAAGGAAAAGUCAAGAGAAAACAUGCAACUACAGAAGAAAGAGAAAACUCGGAAAGAGGAAAAGAAAAAUGAAGAAGAAGCUAAAAAGGAAGAUGCUGUUGCGUCAUACCAGGCUUGGAAAGAAAAAAAAGCAGAGAGUCUCAAAGCAAAAGCCAAAGAAAAGAAGGACACAAUUAGAAAAGAGCAAAGAGCGAUUGAAGAAAAAGAGGAAAAAAGUCAAUCUGCUAAACAGGUGUUUGACAAAUGGAAAAAGGAGCAUGAUCGUCUAUUAAAAGACAAAUACAGGAAACAAAGAGAGGCUGAAAAUAAAGAGAAGUUGCAGAAACAAGAAAAAGAGGAGGAAAGAAAGAGGGCGAGCAAAUCUGCUUUCACAAACUGGCAUGAAAAGAAGACAGAAGUUCUUCAUGAGAAAGUUGCCACGCAGCGUAAAGAAAUCAAAACUAAAGCAGAGGAGGAACGCUACAUGAAAGAGGAGAGAGAUAAAAUGUCCCUAGAGAUGUAUGAAAAUUGGCUGGUACGGAAAGAUCUAGAGCAGAGGAGGCGAAAAGAAGAAAGACGAAUAGAAGCGAUACUCCGAGACAGUCCUCCACCAUGGAGUCCUCCUAACAAAACAAUACCAUUCAGAAAAUAAUACUAGAAAUGUAACAUGCCACCCAUACAAUAGCUGGGUUAUGUUACAAUUAUGAAUUAUGUGAAUUAUGUUGAGCUUUUUUAUUUAUACAUUUCUGUGUUGUCUUGUAUGAGUCAGAAGAUAGUGCAUGUUUAUAUUUUUGUAUUUUUAUUUGGAUGAAAUAUGUGUGUUCUAAUAGACAUGCUAUGUUUGAUUUAAUAUAAAACAAAAACCUGAAUGUUUCUUUAUUAUAAAAUCCUUUAUUUUUAAUGUGCAAAAGGGGGAUUUUUUUCCUACUCGUAUGUAGCAUUGAGUCUUUUCGACUGAUUAUAACGUUUAUAUUGGUCUUUACUUUUUAUAAUGUAAUAAAACA